AUGAGCAACAACAUCGUGCCGGCAUCGAGAGCAGGCGCGGUGGAGAUCGCAGUUGCGGCAAUAGAACUUACUGAUUCCUCCAGCUGGUGGCGCGACAUCGACGAAUCUCCAGUGUGGCAGAGCCGCAUCUUCUACACCCUCGCCAUCCUCUACGGUGUCGUAUCCGCCAUAGCUUUGAUUCAACUAGUUCGAAUACAAUUGAGAGUUCCAGAAUACGGCUGGACUACGCAGAAGGUUUUUCAUUUUCUCAAUUUUUUGGUGAAUGCAGUUCGAUGUUUAGUUUUCAUCUUCUUUCCGGGUGUUCAAAGUUUACAGCCAGAGAUUGUUCAACAUAUCUUACUUGAUGUGCCGAGUCUUGCUUUCUUUACAACAUAUGCACUUUUGGUCUUGUUCUGGGCUGAAAUUUAUUACCAGGCACGUGCUGUAUCCACUGAUGGACUGAAGCCAAGUUUCUAUACAAUUAAUAUUGUGGUUUAUGCUGUUCAGAUCAUUUUGUGGUUGAUAUUAUGGUGGAAACCAGUCAGUCUACUAGUCAUUCUGUCUAAGAUGUUCUUUGCAGGGGUUUCUUUAUUUGCUGCCCUUGGCUUUCUUCUCUAUGGUGGAAGGUUAUUCUUGAUGCUGCAACGUUUUCCUGUUGAAUCCAAAGGGCGACGUAAGAAGCUGCAGGAGGUUGGCUAUGUGACAACCAUAUGUUUUUUAUGUUUCCUUAUCAGAUGCGUUAUGAUGUGCUUUAAUGCAUUUGAUAAAAAUGCGGACCUUAAUGUCAUGGACCAUCCUAUUCUAAACUUCAUAUAUUACCUGUUCGUGGAAAUAUUACCUUCUUCUUUGGUCCUAUUCAUUUUGAGGAAGCUUCCACCUAAGCGUGGUAUCACACAGUAUCACCCGAUUCGCUAA